AUUUUUUAACUUUUAUAACAGUUAAGAAAACAAAAGGAAGAUAUUUAGCUAAUGCAAUUUUAUCUGAAUUAAAAUCUUUGGGAGUAGAUUGCGAAUAUUUAGUCGGACAAGGAUAUCAUAAAGCUUCUUCGAUGAAAGGAAGAUUUAAAGGUGUGAAGGUAGUAAUUCGUGAGUCAUAUCCAGAAGCCUUAUACGUUCAUUGCAGCUUACAUUCAUUGAAUUUAGCUCUGGGUCAUUCUUGCCAGGUUCAGCCUAUUCGAAAUACUAUUGAAAUUAUAAAAUCGGUUGGAAAUUUUAUCAAGUCCUCGGCAAAACGAACCAAGUGUUUAGAUAAUAUCGAAAAAAACUUUCUUGAAACACAAUCGAAAAACCUUACGGCAAUGUGCGAGACCUGCUGGGUAGAAAAUCAUGAUGGGUUGUUAAGAUUUAAUGAAAUUUAUAAAGAUAUUAUUGAUACACUAGACGACUUAAG